CAUUUGUUAAUGCCUUUUUUUUGUCUAACUACAUUACUAUAUUAUUACUACAUACAUUAUCCUGUGUGUUUGUAUCAGGACAACUUGGAUCGCGAGAUGAAGGAGGCAGCCAGACAACGUCGCCUGAGAGAGCUGGAGGAGAAACGUUUGUCGUGGUCAGGGGCAGACCAGAGUGGGGGGUUCGGUCGUAGCAGCAGCGAGAACGAUGUGGAGAUGCUCACCAAGGAAGGCCUCCUGGAUUUUUUGCAGCAGAGGUCACAUAGCCCUCUGGGACGCUCUGCCAGUGCCCGCCGCCACCGUCACACCAUGACCUCCGUAGCUGACCGUGAACUCCAAGGAUAUCUUGAGGUGUUUGGAGACAACGGCACUGAUUAUUCCAAGUUUAACAGUCUACCUCGGUCGGGUCGUCCUGUGCAGCGGAAAUCCACCCCGUGGAUCUUAGCUCAGGACGACAACCGUGAGUUAGGCUGUGACCGAAAAGUGACUUCUCCAUGUGCACAAACUGAACCCAUCAGUCCGCUGGCAAGAUACUCCUCUUCUGGGUUAAACAAUAAUGACGACCUAUACCCCAGCAACAACAAUUACACAUCUGUAUCGGAAAGCAGCGCUCUUCCUCGUUCCCUUUUUGUCUUUCAAAAACCCUCCCACCAUCCCAACCCAGCAAUUACCGGCCACAUGAAUGUUAGUGUGGAGAAACACACUUUAGUUCGAGGCCCUCAAGCUUUUGAACUACAGAGUCCAAACAAUAACAGUAAUCAUUUGCACCUUAUCAACCAGGGGGAUGUCAUGGUGACAGAUUCGGAAAAGGAGAGAAAAUCUCCUCCCAAGAAUCUGGACAAUGUUCCAGGUGAUAAACUUUUAGAAAGAAGAGCAAAUCCCAAGGUAGCGUGGGAACAUAAAGUUGAUAAUUCUACACAAGACAGAGAGAGAGAAGAAGAGGACAACAGCACAGUUUCAUCAACAACCUGUGACACACCUCUUCCACUCGAUACCUCUGUAUCCAAUAAGAAGCCGAUGUUUUUCAUACUUGACUGCACAGAAACUGACUGCUCCGUCACCUUGGAUUAUUCAGAGGCCGAAAGCUCUUCUUUAACAAAAGAGGGCCUUCAACUUAGAACGACAGACUGCAAUAAACAUCAGAAGAGCCACCAAGAACCAAGCUCUCUGUCUCCCAAUGACCAGUCUGUUUCAACGAAUGAACUUUCAGCGCCAAAAUCUGCGGACGCAACAUCGAUGGCUGCAUCUGCGACGACAGAAGAGUGGGACACAGAGAGCUGUGACACCACUGAGGGAAAACAAGGUGCAGAAAAAGGUGCAGACACACAGAGAAGCAUCAGGAAACCAGUGCAUGCAGCGAGUAAAGCAAACAAAGCAGUUUGUGGUGUGCGGACGCUGACCAGCACCGAGAGUCAGGGCAUGAGGAAAGUAGUUCCUAUUAGCAAGCUCACAAGGCUGGGUAGCAGCAAGUGUGCAGAGAGAACUUUGGUUCAUGAGAGUGGGGAGUCACGCCGUCCCAUUAGAGAUCAGAGCACCCAACCAGCAGCGAGAGGAAGGAGCGAGAAGACAUCACGACCGUCUCGACACUCCAGUUUGCCUCCUGAUGAGUCCAAAGCUCAGAGAGGAAGUAGCCUCCCAGGUGGUAUUUCAAGAUGGUCACGCGAUUUGACUCCGAGGAAGGUUUCCAUCAGCAAGCCAAGCGCAAAACCUGUGAGGAACAUCUCCAAACCUCCUCCUGAGGAGAAAAUGUGCCGCUCCACUAUGAGAGCCUUGGCCCAAGUGCAAGCUCAGGCCCAGGGUGGAGUGUCCUCCGAGAACAGCUGCUCACACGUAAAAAACACAUCCGGUGUCCCUGGCUUCGCCCGCAACACCAUCGCCUCGUCCUCCAGGACCAAUAAGGAGCUCCUUGGCCCUCCUUCCGUCCCGUCCACACCGUCUCGCAGCCCCUCACUCGUGGGUCGACCAUCCUCGGUGAAGCACAACAGGUUAUCGCCCACAGUUCACACCAGCGAGGAGCAGUCACAAGGGACAAACCUGCGACGAGCGCAAAGCGUGAAGGCCACCAGACGAAGCACCUAUCGCAGUGAGACUCCGCCUCCAACUCGCGAGGAGUCGCGUAAGGUUUGUAGCUGACUCUGGAUCAGGUUUACAAAUUGCAAAGAACAAGAUGCAAUGAACAGGUUCUGUUUCAAAAAAAUAUACAUAUAUUGUCCAUAAAUUGCUUUUUUUCCUGCGGGGGGGGGGGUUAUUAACUAAUAUGACAAAUGGCAAAAUGGUGUUUUUCCACAGGCGCCUGCUUUGCCUGCUUAGCAGUCUGUGUACUGUGUAUGUGCUCGUAUCUGUGAUGCUGUUGAUGUUGAACACUACCGUCUAUAUAAUGCUGCUAAUUAGCUCUGACAAUUUGAAAUCCCACAGAGUUUCAGUGUCCUUUUGAUUCAGGGUUACAUGAUCUCUUGUACCUUACCUCGCUGCUCUCAUGGUGUCUUUCAGUUUUUGUUGUAUUCUCUAGCAGAACUCUGCUGCAUUAUUUGCUCUUUUUUUUCUGGUUCUUUUGCUUGAUACCUCAGAAAAAAUUGCAGUGGCCUUGAACCAGCAGGCAAAGUAGAAUAUAUUUUUUUUGGUUCCGCAUGAGAACGAUGUAGACGAUGAUCUGAUCACUCUGCAACGCCACAUUUUACAAUUCCCUGUUAUAUUAAUAAUAUAUAUAUAUACAAAGUCACAGAUUAUAUGGCCACAGUGUGUACCAACUGUUGUACGUCUCCUUGCUUGAGUAUGUACAUGUACUGUAAUUUGUAGAUCUUGUAGAACUCCUCCAUAAUAUCAUGGAGUAGACGUGCACGAAGGAAAUGUUUCCUGUAUACUGUAGGCUAGUACAAGACCAACGCGAAUGCUUUGAAAGAAAAGCACCGAAUGCGCCAGACACAACACGGGAAACGUCGUUAGUCACGUGAUGGGAUGUUUGCACUGUGAGUGUAGUUCAGUAGCAUCAUCAGCUCUAACUGGACGGAGUUCAGCUCGGCGUCGGUUUGUGUCUCUCGGUCGUCCAGUUUUGUAGAAACACAGCACACUAUCGCUGCUUUGAAGGUGUUUUCACUAUUUUCAAAGACUCUUUCAACCAAUGAAAAGAAAAGCUUUAAUCCAGUGUCUAUGAUUAUUUUGAUAUUAAUCGUACAAACACAUGUCCGUCCAACUCUCCAGCACUCUAACUUGUAUGGGCCUAUAGCAUAUGCUUUUGUGUCGUACAUAUUGAGCUCAGACACACUUACACACUAUGCAUGUCAGUGUUUUAAACCAGUUCCUGUCUCUGUUCCACCGUUUUCUUAUCCAAAGAAAUGGUCACUGUAAAUGAAAAUUUACAAUUUGAACAAUGUGAAGCAAAAUUUCAAACUUUUGUCGGGUUUUGGAUCAAUCAGAGGAACACAGUCACAUUUUGUUAAUUUUUAGUAAUGCAAAGUUCAUUAUAAAAGGAAUCAGACAUAUGUAAAGAGCUAAUGUUCAUUUAUAUACAGGGAAAUCUUGGUGCAGAUCUGGAUAAUUUCACUAUUUUGUGUUCUUUUAACACAUAGGAAAUAUGUUUAAGAUGUCAAGUAUCAUUGUUAGAUACUAGACAACAAUAAACCCUUUAUAACUUUAUGUUACGUCACAUUAUUUUUCUUUAUUCAUCAGUGCUAAGAAAGGUUUUAUGUUUUUCUUUCAUUGUGCAAAAAGAGAAUGACAUUAUUUCCAGAUAUUUGAAUGGAAAACACAGUUGUCAAGUAUGAAAAUUCAUUCAGAUGGUUGGGAGAGCCUUUGAGAAUUAAAAAAAAAAAAGUUAUUUAUUUUUCAGGGAAACUAAAGCUAAUCAGAUUUACUGAAAUUGGAGAGUGAUAUGUUCGAGCAGGGGUGUCAAACUCAAAUGACCUGGGGGGCCAAUGAGCAUCUAGUCUGGUCAAGAGGGGGCGGGACUAGAUGAAAAACAGUCAGGGAAAUCAACUGUUUAGUAGCAGGUGGGCAAUAUGAGCUUAAACUUAUAACACAAUAGUCCUUGAUGUCGCAGUUAAGAUAUUCAUGAUAUUUCACAGAAAUGUCAAAGUAAAAGUGCUUGUGCUUUAGGUGGCGGGGCCUCAUGUAAAUGAUCGGGGGGGGUCACAUGUGGCCACCGCGGGCCACCAGUUUGACAUCUCUGUUCGAGGCACAAACCGCAGCUGACCUCAGUCCUGUUGACCAUUUCACACCACUUGCCUUUCAACCUGCAUUGUGCCACUGCCUUGAUGGCAAACGUUCAUUCACAGCAGAAACAUUGCCUUAAAGCUGAAUGUAGCAGAUCCAUCACCAGUAGAAAUGCCUUGAUUGUAAAAGGAGAGUAGAAACUUUUCCUUCAUUCACAUCACGAUGAACUGAAUCUACGAGGGAUUCACUUUGUAAAAAACAACAACACAUAUUUAAAGACAUAGUAUUUUUCUGACUAUCAAUAUGUUUACAUAGCGCUGAAAACGAAGGGUUUGAGGGUGAGGUACGUGAGAGCGUCCGUGUCUUUUAUCUGAUGUCUGUCGUGUGCUGACAUGCUUCCUCUUCCUCUUCCUCUUCCUUGUUCCUGCAAGUGACGUGAAUAAAGCAGUGACACAAAAGGCUCCGUGUGACGAUAUAUAUGGUCAGAAAUGUUAUCAUGAUGAAAUCACUGCGGGUCAACAGUUAUUAUAAUAUGUUUAAAAUAAAGGUCGAGGCAUAAAACAA